CUACUGAUCCGUAACCGUAUUGCUGCUGUCAUCCCUUCUCUCCAAGGUACAUAAGUAUCGAGACUUAAGUAUCUACUAAGGUACCUUAUCUAAUUAACAGUAGCUCUCUCUUCUCCCUUCUACAUACUUAUCUAUCUAUACCCUCCUAGUUUACUGUUUGCUACUCUCCCCUCUUCCCUUUCAUCUAGUUUUCACUACUACUAGCUUUGUUGAGCAUCGACUCAUAUACACCACGCUUCAAGGAAACCAGAAUACAUCUAUACAGAGAAUCAUAUCAACUUGGUGCCGUCUUAUCUAACACAACUACUACCACACACCAUCACCACCCACCAUGGCGACCACCGACUCCAUCCUGCAAGGCGUAACCGUCUCGGGCGCCGUGCAAGCCGAGCACAAGAAAAUCCUGACGCCCGCCGCCCUCGCCUUCCUCGCCCUGCUGCACCGCUCCUUCAAUACCACGCGCAAGGCCCUGCUCGACCGCCGCAUCCAGCGCCAGGCCGACAUUGAUAAGGGAAACCUCCCCGACUUCCUCCCCGAGACCAGACACAUCCGCGAGAACCCCACGUGGAAGGGCGCUCCGCCCGCCCCGGGGCUUGUUGACAGGCGGGUCGAGAUCACGGGCCCGACGGAUCGCAAGAUGGUGGUUAAUGCGCUGAACUCGGAUGUUUGGACGUAUAUGGCGGAUUUUGAAGACUCGAGCGCACCAACCUGGGACAACAUGAUCAACGGGCAGGUGAACCUCUACGACGCCGUGCGCCGGCAAGUCGACUUCAAGCAAGGGCCCAAGGAGUACAAGCUGCGCUCCGACCGCGUGCUUCCUACCCUCAUCGUGCGCCCGCGCGGGUGGCACCUAGACGAGAAGCACGUCACCGUAGACGGGGAGCCGAUCUCGGGGUCCCUGUUCGACUUCGGGCUGUACUUCUUCCACAACGCGCGCGAGAGCGUUCAGCAAGGCUUCGGCCCGUACUUCUACCUGCCGAAGAUGGAGUCGCACCUGGAGGCACGCCUGUGGAACGACGCGUUCAACCUCGCGCAGGACUACGUCGGGAUCCCCCGGGGAACCAUCCGCGCGACCGUGCUGAUCGAGACGAUCCUCGCCGCCUUCGAGAUGGACGAGAUCAUCUACGAGCUGCGCGACCACAGUUCGGGCCUCAACUGCGGCCGCUGGGACUACAUCUUCAGCACGAUCAAGAAGUUCCGCCAGAACAAGGCGUUUGUGCUCCCUGAUCGUAGUGCGGUCACGAUGACGGUCCCGUUUAUGGAUGCGUAUGUGAAGUUGCUGAUUCAGACGUGCCAUAAGAGGGGUGUCCAUGCGAUGGGCGGCAUGGCGGCGCAGAUCCCGAUUAAGAAUGACCCCGAGGCGAAUGAGAAGGCGAUGGAGGGUGUCAGGGCGGAUAAGCUGAGGGAGGUGCGCGCUGGGCAUGAUGGUACAUGGGUGGCCCACCCCGCCCUAGCAGGCAUCGCAUCCGAGAUCUUCAACAAGCACAUGCCGACGCCGAACCAGCUGUUCCGGCGGCGCGAGGACGUCCAGAUCGGUCAGAAGGACCUGCUGAACAUGAACGUGCCCGGUCAGAUCACCGAGGACGGCAUCCGCAAGAACCUCAACAUCGGCGUCAGCUACAUGGAGGCGUGGGUCCGGGGUAUUGGCUGCGUGCCGAUUAACUAUUUGAUGGAAGACGCCGCCACAGCCGAAGUGUCCCGGUCACAGCUCUGGCAAUGGGUGCGGCACGGCGUGACGACCGCGGAGGGGACCAAAGUCGACAAGGCGUACGCUUUGCGCCUGCUAAAAGAGCAGACGGAGCUGCUGGCGGCGGCGGCGCCGAAGGGCAGCAACAAGUUCGCGCUGGCGUCGCAGUACUUCGCGGCGCAGGUCACGGGCGAGGACUACGCGGACUUCUUGACGACGCUGCUGUAUAAUGAGAUCACGACGGUGGGGAAUGCGGCGCCGGCUAGUAAGUUGUGAGGAGGUGUUGGGCGUGAAGAUGGAAGAAAAUAUUUACGAGAAUGUGGUAGGUAUAGUAUAGGUAGGGAAGGGAGGGGACAA